AACGCGCGCACAGGCAGCGAGAACGCGCAGUGGUCAGCUUCGCAACAAUGGCCGCUCCGGGCUCGUGAAGCGCAGGCGCGGUUGAGCGUUUCUUUAAAUCCACGAACAUCGCCCUAAAUAUCGGCCUGGUUUCCUACCAGAGCUGCUUAAAAUAAACUGGAAUAAAUUCUGCACACGAAUCUAUGAUUAUUGCCGAGAAAUAUAAAAAACUGAUAAAGAUACUAAUGAGAAACAUUAAAAGCGAAUCAUGUAAACAGAACUGAACCGGCUUGCAAGUUUUUUCUUUUUCAGUUUUAGUGAAACAUUUGUCCAUGUAUGAUGGAUUUCUGUUCGUUUCUGAAUCUUUAAAAGAAUCAAAUCCACGGAAAAGGAUAAAUAAUUGAAAAGGAGACUUUUAUCCGUUCAUCUUUUUGUGUUUUUUUUUCCUUCAGAAAGCGCUCGCUCGCGCGCUAGCUGGCUAGCUUAGCAUUAGCACGGCUAGCUGGCUAAACCAGGCAAGGAGAAAGUACGCAGUGUCCUCACAUUGUUUUCGAGGUUAUUUUUUCCGUCAGGCUGAAAGAGGCCUAAUUUUGAGCGGAACAGAAAUCGACCAGGAAGUUUAAAGAGAGAUUUAUGUUUGAUUGUUGGUGUUUUUGAACGCAAGCGGAGCAGAGAGGCGCGCGCUGCAGGAGCACUCGGCCGGGGAUGAGUUCCGGAUAAAGCCGUGAGCAGCGCUAACUCUAAGGGAGCGUGGUCGGCGGAAUAAGGCAUGCCUGGCUCGGACCGACAUCAUGUCACCAAGCGGAAGUCGGAACCUGAAUAUAAACAACAAACGACGGCCUCCACCGGAAACGCCGACUCCAGGCUUCAUCAGAGCAAAUCUACAGGCUCCUCAUCCUCCUCGUCUUCUUCAUCAUCGUCGAAGCACAACAAACGCUACAAACCGUCCAAACAUGGCAGCCGGGCAGACUCUCCGGUGGAGCCCCCUGUCGUCUCCAUUAAACCCCUGGUGGAAUAUGAUGACAUAAGUUCCGAUUCGGACGAGUUCCUGGACCCUCCCGGACCUCCGGCCGACAAACCACAGGAUGAGCUGUACCGUAACAAAGAGAUCCGGACUCAUAAACGCAAACGCUCAAGAAAAAAGUCCAAAGACCCGCAUCGGGUCCGAGAGUCGGGCGAGGACGGAGACAGAGACGUCAAGAUGAGGAAGACGGCUGACCGAGACGGAAAAGACCCAAAGCGGAAAAGCAGAGACAAGCUCGCGUCCGCAGUUGGUGCCUCUCGGCCAGAAGGGGACUCGGGUUUGAGGCGAGCGCCUGCGGAGUCGCAUUCGUCUUCCGUCUCUCUGCAGUUAGCAGAGUCCUCCGGGUCCGCGUCACAGAAAAGCAAAAGUAAAGAAUCACACGAUUUGUCCCAUAGGUCGUCCCAUCGCUCACACCGGAACAAGGUCGAGCACGAACACGAGCGCGAGCAUUCGGACCGCAGCCGCCGCAAGGCUUCCAAAAACCGCAAAGGCUCUUCCAGAACUGGAGGUGGUGUCUCCGUCUCUGCCUCUUCCCCCGUGGACCCAGAGGACGGGUACUCAUCCCGGCGCCGUGCGGGGUCCCCAAGCCCAUACCGGGAGAGCUCCCGCCGCAGCAGGCAGAGAUCUGAGAGUCCGUACUCGCGCCGGAGAUCAUCCAGCUACGACCGGGACGGGAGUCCAUACGGGAACAGGCGCUCAUGCAGCACCAGUCCAGUGUCCCGACGCUCAGCGCGGUCACGAAGUCGCUCUCCUCUGUACUCAUCCUCUCGCCGAUCCUCUUCACACUCGCGCAGCAAGAAACACUCGUCAAUGGGUGGAGCCAGCAGUAGCUCUGCUUCCAAGAGCCGCCCGGCCAGUCGCUCGCCUUCGUCCUCCCGCCUGCCCAUCACUUCAAGCCUGGGAGCGGAGCUUACACGCAGAAAAAAAGAAAGACAAGCUGCAGCGGCAGCUCGGGCUGCCGCAACCCCGCCCACACAACCUCAAGACCAGAAGGUGGAGACAGAGUUGGCCCCACCCCCAGCACCUGACCCCCCUGCUCCAACUACAAUCGUGUUGGAGGAAAAAGAUGUAGCACCGCCCCUUCCUCCACUUCCGGCGAAUUCCCCGCCCCCACUUCCCCUCAAUUCCCCGCCCCCACUUCCUUUCAAUUCUCCGCCCCCGCUUCCAUUAAACUCUCCACCGCCGCUGCCUUUAAAUUCCCCACCACCACUUCCUCUUAACUCUCCGCCUCCACUACCACCUGCUUUAGCCCUGCCCCCAUCCACAGCCAUGCCACCUCAGCCUAAAAGCCCCGCCCAGAAAACCACACCAAUUAAGACCUCCACCCUUCCACCCCUCCCUCUACCACCGGUACUACUGGGAGACUGCAGGGACAGUCCAAAGAAGGCCACACCCACUGACCGCGCCUCAAAGAAGGAACGAGAGAAAGAAAAGAAGAAAGAGAGGGACAAAGAGGUUAGGACACGCCUCCUAAGUGACCUGCCUUUCCCACCUUUACUACCUGGAGGAGAUUCAUCUCCACCCAUUUCAGCUGUUCGAGAAGCCUUGCCUCCUGUUCAGUCCACUUACAAGAAGAGACCAAAGUUCUGCUCUCCUCGUUUUGGUGAGAAGAGACAGACCCAGAUUGACUGGGGGAAGCGCUGCGUGGACAAAUUCGACAUUAUCGGCAUCAUUGGGGAAGGAACCUACGGCCAGGUGUACAAAGCCAAGGACAAGGACACAGGUGAGCUUGUGGCCCUGAAGAAGGUGCGUUUGGACAAUGAGAAGGAGGGCUUCCCCAUCACGGCCAUCCGGGAGAUAAAGAUCCUCCGACAGCUGAACCACCGCAGCGUCGUCAACAUGAAGGAGAUCGUCACCGACAAGCAGGAUGCGCUCGACUUCAAAAAGGACAAGGGAGCGUUCUACCUGGUGUUUGAGUACAUGGACCAUGACCUGAUGGGGCUUUUGGAGUCCGGCCUCGUCUCAUUCUCACACGAACACGUCCGCAGCUUCAUGAGGCAGCUGAUGGAGGGACUGGACUACUGUCACAAGAAGAACUUCCUGCACAGGGACAUCAAGUGUUCUAACAUCCUGCUCAACAACAGUGGGCAGAUAAAGUUGGCUGAUUUUGGGUUAGCUCGUCUGUAUAACUCUGAGGAAAGUCGGCCGUACACCAAUAAGGUGAUCACACUGUGGUACCGCCCACCUGAGCUGCUGCUAGGGGAGGAGAGAUACAGUCCUGCCAUUGACGUCUGGAGCUGCGGGUGCAUUUUGGGAGAGCUUUUCACUAAGAAGCCCAUUUUCCAGGCUAAUCAGGAGCUGCUGCAGCUUGAGCUCAUCAGUCGUUUGUGUGGCAGUCCGUGCCCUGCAGCUUGGCCUGACGUCAUUAAACUGCCCUACUUCAAUACCAUGAAGCCCAAGAAGCAGUACAGACGCCGCUUACGGGAGGAGUUUUCUUUCUUGCCCUCUUCAGCUCUGGACCUGUUUGACCGCAUGCUGACCCUGGACCCCUCGCGCAGGUGUACGGCGGAGCAGGCACUGGCAAGUGGGUUCCUCAGUGAUGUGGACCCGAGUAGGAUGGCGCCGCCAGACUUGCCUCACUGGCAAGACUGUCAUGAGUUGUGGAGUAAAAAGAGGCGGAGACAGAGGCAGAGCGGGCUGACUGAGGACGCGCCUGUUCAGAAAGCAGCGCAACAGAAGGACCAGGGGAGCUCGGCCAGCCGAGAGAACAACCAAUCAGCAGCCAGCUCCUCCCCUCCCCCCACCACGCACACUGACCUCUCAGGUCUGGGUGCAGUAGCUGAUCAGCUGAAUCAGACGGAGAUGGCCGUGCUGUUGAACUUACUGCAGGGUCAGACCGAUCGUCUUACUCUUCCUCAGAUGGCCGAGCAGCUCCUCACUUCCUCUGCCUCCUCCUCACUUCCUGUCCCUGACUCCGCCCCUGACAGUGACUCCACCAAGCAGCUGGAGCUGCUCAGCCACACCCUCUCGUCUCUCAUUCAGGCGUCCAAUAGCGCACCGGCUGCUGCUGCUGCUGCUCCUCCACCCCCCCCUCCUCCCCCAGAGGCUUCUCAACCCGAAGCCCCUCCCCCAGAGGCCCCACCCACGGACGACACCACCGGCCUCCUCGCGCUUCUCCUGAGCCAGCUGAUUAAAGCUCCGCCCCAGGGAGCUGGUCAAGGUGAGGAGAGCAACGGCGUCCAGUCUGACGCGGCUGUGACGCGAAGCGGCUCCGCCUCCCUUUCCAGGGCCGACUGCAAGGACUCGACCCGGGACCCAGUGACCCCAGCUUUUCCAUCUGUGCAGCUGGAUGAUCUCCAUGGUGAUGUGGCAUCUGCGCUCCUGCAGCUCAUUUCCCAGCAUGCCUCAGAGGGCAAGCCCACUUCCUCAGAGUCUCAGUGUCUUAAAGAGACGCAGCCAUCUUCUCCAGGAUCGCUGAUCUUCAGCCAGCCUGAACACAAUGCUAGCAACACUAAUGCUAACGCAGGGCCUCAGUACCCCCGUGACCAGGACCUCCGUUUCACCCUGGGGUCCUGCGCGGAGGACAGACAGGAGAGCGAGUCCUGAAGCUUUACACCAGGACAUCAGGACUGGCCUUUACACGGACUUUACACUUAACACACUGCUGUCCGGAGGUUGUUCAUUCUACAUGGCCGCAAACACACACACACACUCAUACACAAACAGGCUUUACUUUAUAUCAGUCUGAGAAUCUGAGCUAAAGCUAAACACCAACACCACAUCUCACAUCAUAAAUAUUCACUGGAUAUGAGAAUGUUUUUGUAAAUAAUUUUUUUUUCUGUUUAUUAAAUGAAGCUGAGUG